AUGUCGAACACCUCUUCAUCACAUGGUUCCUCGCGUGGGAUAGACUUUAGGCCGUCUACCCCCGACCAAACCAGACCUACGCUUUCUCGAUCGAACUCUCUGGCGCCGAAAUCAGAGUACCUACGGCAUGCGCUCCAGGCACGGAGGGCACAGGGUACGCCCACUCCUUCACCUCAGGAUAUCAAAGUGCCCCCACCACUAGCACAGAAGCCUCCGGAGAUAUGCACACCCAAGACUUCGCCGGAUAUCUUUGAUCAAUUCGCCCUCACGGAAGAACAAAUGACCCCGGUUUCGCCCAUUCGACGACGUCGACCUAGCGAUGCUCGUCCACCGCAGUCCAGGACAAGUCGAGAACUCACAGAAGAGAUCGACAAGUUGAAACAGACGCUCAUGACUGCCAACAUGCGAGUGGAGCUGCUGAGGAAGGACAACAAGGUGCUGCAGCAUGAUUUGACGGCCGCCAAAGAACAAAUCGAACGGAUGGAGCCACUAGAGGAUGCGAACUACGAGCUGACUGCGGAGAACAAGCAACUCAGACUCAAAAUGGAAAAGAUGGAUGAGGAGAUGACGAAGCUGCGAGAAAUCGACGAGGAGCAUCGGAAGACCAACAUCGAGCUCACCGCUAUAGCAAGCGAGAGCGCGGCACACUGGACAGAUCACGAGCUCGCCAUCGAAGAAGCUGCCGAGCACAUCAUCAAGAUGGAGGAGGAGAAGGAGUUGCUUUCGGAAGAACUCAGGCAACUCAAACAGCGAGUCAUGGCUAUAGAAAGCCAUUCCCCCGCUAGCACGCUCGUCAACAGCCCUGGCAAAUUCCCACUUCGCGUCUUCAGUGUGGACGAGUCGCGGCCUUCUACUUCGCACUUCGACUCGGAUUACUACAGCCAGCCUGAAUCGCCGCAAGCCAAGCAUAGCAGCGCAUCGAUUAGGUCGUUUACGCCUUCAGAACGGUCGAAGAAGUUUCUUGAUCUCAAGGAAGAGCGACGACGGUCUGCUCGUGAUCUGAGUGAGCGCAUGUCUGCAGUAUCCCUGAAGGCACUACGCGAUGCGUCUCUUUCUCCAACGCCAGAAGAAGUUCCCGCAGUUCCUACGACCCACCAGCAACAGGUUCCUUCCAUCGUAGCGGAUGACAGAUCUGCCACCCCCUCAAGACGUCGAGAGCACGUUCGCCAAAUCGACCAGCCACGUCCGCUGUCUUUGAUGGACGCAGCAGAGAUCUCCCCACCACGAGCACACACCGUUGCCCCUCAGGCUCCUGACCGCCAACCAGACGGUCUGCGAGGUCUAUACCGCCCCCGCAAACCCUCAAGCCGAGCAUCAACCGACCAACGCCCAUCCUCAAGCUACAUCCCUAGUACCACAAACACCCCCGGUAGUUCCCUAGGCCGCCACCACUCCACCCGAGAGGCCUCCCCUCACGUGCCCGCACGCAGCAGCAGCAGACACCGAACCACAGAGCGUUCAACCGAGUCACCCCAACGCACCUCACCACGCCACCGCUCCUCCUCCAUCGACGCGCGAACCCCCCAAACGAACCGACACUCAAUGGCACCAGGGUGGGAAUCCACCACCCCACCCCCCUCCUACACCCCCUACUCCCCCGCCUCCAACACCUCCACCCUCGAUCUAACCAGCUCGUUAGAUCCCCGUCGAGCCAAAGACCAAUGGUGGCGCAGUCUCGAUCGUUUAACUCACUCUCAAGUCAUGGCUCAGGAGAUACAAGCCCAGGGCAUACAGAUGCCGCGUGGUUAUGACGCCGGGCCAAAUCCUACUCCUGCUGUUGUUGCUCCUCCUAACAGCCAGCGCACGAGGAGUAGUAGUACAACGGGCCAGCAUCGCAGCCGUAGACCUACGCCUACGCCUUCGAGUGCGCUGAAUAGUCAUCCUGUUGUGGCUGCGGAGAAGGAUUGUCUGUUUAAUGCGGAGGAGAGUACGGAGGAUUUUAUGAGUAAGAUGAGGGGUGGGAAGGGGUCGAGGGAUUCGGUGUUUUCCUUGCGUUAA